CGGAAGUUACCUUCUGUAUUUAGGCUAGUGUUACGCUGCUAAAUGGCGACCCCGUGGUGUACAGCCAUGCGAAGGGCAAUAUUAAUAACAGCAGAUGUAGGGGUAAACAUAAAUGCUAGAGGACUUGGAACGACAGCCUCUUUGCAUCGCCGAGUUGCUCCGCUUGGACCAAUGCCUAACGAAGAUAUAGAUGUGAACAACCUUGAAUCACUAGAGAAGUAUCGCAGCUAUGCACGGUACGUCCGCGCAGCCCAGGAGGCGAGCAAGAAGCCGGUGUGGUGGAAGACAUAUAGGCAAUACCUAGACGCAGAAAAUCCUGACAAAGAUGGAGAGCGUGUUGACAUAGGCCUCCCUUUCAGACAAGGGUCCCGGCUGCAGGUGAUGAGGGAGAGAAACAAAGUGAUGAAGGAGAACAGAAGGAACCCCGAGCUGGAGAGAGCUACACGCCUGCGCACACUUCAGAUUCCUCUGGACCGCGUGAAAGAGGAGUGGGAGCGGACCAAUGGGCCGUAUCACAUCCAGAGGCUGGCGGAGCACUACGGAAUCUACCGGGACCUCUUCCCCAUGGCGUUCUUUGUGCCGCGAGUCAUGAUGCACGUGCACUAUGGCGAUGAUGCCAGCACUGCGGUGUACUAUGGCAACCAGUUACCGGCGGCGACGGCUGCUGCCCCUCCCAGAGUCACAUAUGAGGCAGAAGAGGGCUCGCUGUGGACAAUACUACUAACUUGUCCAGACGAACAUCUACAGGAUGGGGAACAGGAGUACGUUCACUGGCUGGUUGGUAAUAUCCCAGGGAGUGCUGUGGAGUUGGGACAGGAAGUAUGCCAUUACCUCCCGCCCGUCCCAGCGAAGGGCACAGGCUUCCACAGAUUCAUCCUUGUUCUAUUCAAGCAGGACGCCCCUGUGGACUACACCGAGGACUGCAGGCUGUCGCCAUGCUACAGCCUGACGGAGCGCACCUUUAAGACGGUCGACUUCUACCGCAAACACCAGGACGUGCUGACGCCUGCUUCGCUGGCCUUCUUCCAGAGCCAGUGGGACGAAUCUGUGACCAACACCUUCCACACGCUGCUCAAUAUGAGGGAGCCCGUGUUCGAGUACGAGCGCCCCCCCGUCUACCACCCCCCCCAGAGAAAGUUCCCCCACCGCCAGCCCCUACGUUACCUGGACCGCUACCGAGAUGGGAAGGAACACACCUACGGCAACCGAUACUAAUACACACCCAGAAUACAGCCCCAGCACUGCAACCUGACACCGCAGAGAACCACACGCCUCAUGGCUCCCUCAUACUGGUUCUCCUAAACAUGUGUUCAGCUCCUUGGUUCCCUCAUACCGGUUCUCCUAAACAUGUGUUCAGCUCCUUGGUUCCCUCAUACCGGUUCUUCUAAACAUGUGUUCAGCUCCUUGUGUAUUUGGGUCAUGGUUCCCUCAUACUGGUUCUCCUCAACACGUGUUCAGCUCCUUGGUUCCAUCAAACUGGUACUUCUAAACACGUGUUCAGCUCCUUGUGUAUUUGGGAAGGUAUGGUGCUUUCAGAGAAAUUAUAAUGCAUAGUUAUGGUUCAUGGUGAAAUGUAACUAACACAACCUUUGUUUAUAAAACAUUCGUAUUGAAGGAUC